UUGACUCUGCAGGAACACACGGUGAUCCCAGGGAGAAGACCACUUACAGAAACUAUCACAGAACACGCUGAGCUGGAAGGGAUCCACAAGGAUCAUCAAAGUCCAACCCCUGGCCCUGCACAGGACAUCCUCGAGCGUCAUACCAUGGGCCUGGGAGCGUUGUCCAAAAGCCUCUUGAAUGAUGCCAGACUUGGCGCCGUGACCACUUUCCUGGGGAGCCUUUUCCAGUGCCCGACCAAACAACCCUCUGGGUGAGGAAAUACUGCACGAACACAGUGUUACCUCCAGUUAAACGCUUCAAAAGCCGCAGUCGGGCCGCCUACGUGCGGGUUCAGCUGCGCUCCGCAGCGGGCGCGGCCCCCGGCGGGGAGCGCGGGCUGGGGGGCGUCACCCGCCCGGGGCCGGACGGCGGCCGGGCCCCGGCGUCGGCUGCCCGCACUAAACAUGGCCGCGGGCCCGGCCCUUGGACUACAAGUCCCAGGAGCGAGCGGGAGGGCGCGGCGCGGCCGCAGUCCGUGCGGAGGAUGAGGCGGUGGCUGGGCGGCCGGAGCGCGGCGGCCGGAGCUGGCGCUGCCCUGGGCUGACCCCUUCGGGGGGCGCCGGGGCUGCGCGGGGCCGGUAGCGGGGCCCGGGCCCGCCGGGAGGUAACCGGGGCUGGGGGCGCUGGUGGCAAAUGCCCGCCAUUAGGCCGAGCAGGGCCGCGACACUCCAUGCUGCCCCGCCAUGUGCAGAGGCUGGGCAGAGACUGGAUCACCCACUGGAAUGGCUCCCAGAUACUCGCCUUAAACAGCCCAGUUUCCAGCUGUAUGAGAUGGGCCGGACACUAUCCUCCCUGGGCCUCGUUUCCACUCCCCAUUCCAGCUGAUUUUUCAGCAAACUGGAGAUUCCCUCCAUUUUUUGGACCUUGGAGGCAAUUUCAGAACUCUAAUUGGCAUCUUGAUAACUACACAAAAAGUUGUUGCUUUCACCUACCCAACCCCAGUAUGAAAUCUGAGGGAGAAGAACCAUUGACAAAGAAGAGAAGACUCAGUGGCCAGGAUGAUACUUCAACUCCUGAACAACAAACAGACUUGUCUAAUCAGAAGGAAGUAUCUUGUCUUUCUGUACAACAGAAUGAAGAAAAACAUGGCAGCAAGAAAGGAACCAUCAAAAGACAUUGGGAAUAUUUCUGUCAGCAGAGUAAAACAAUGAAAAUCGCUAAAAAUAGAGGAUCUGACCAAAGAAGCACAGAAAAGGAGGCAACAUUUGAUUUUACAGUCAUGUCCUACAAUAUUCUCUCACAGAAUUUGUUGGAAGACAACUCUCACCUGUACAGACACUGCAGGCAGCGAUUGCUAUUCUGGACAUACAGAUUUCCCAACAUCCUACAAGAAAUCAAAGAGCUGGAUGCAGAUGUGCUCUGCUUACAGGAAGUCCAAGAAGACCACUAUAGAACAGAGAUCAAGUCAAGUUUGGAAUCCCUGGGAUAUCACUGUGAAUAUAAAAUGAGGACAGGCAGAAAACCUGAUGGCUGUGCCAUUUGCUUCAAAACUUCCAAAUUUAGCCUGAUUUCCUCAAACCCCGUGGAAUUUUUUCGCCGUGAUAUCCCACUCUUGGACAGGGACAACGUUGGACUGGUGUUGCUGCUGCAGCCCAGAUUUCACUGUAAAGCCAAUGCUGCCAUCUGUAUUGCCAAUACACACCUGCUGUACAACCCAAGGAGAGGGGACAUCAAACUGACCCAGCUUGCAAUGCUCCUGGCAGAGAUUGCCAGUGUUGCCCCUCAGAAGGAUGGCUCUUUCUGCCCAAUUAUCAUAUGUGGGGACUUCAAUUCUGUUCCUGGCUCUCCAUUGUACAGAUUUAUAAAGGAAGGAAAGUUAAAUUAUGAAGGACUUGCUAUAGGGAAGGUCUCUGGACAAGAACAGUUUCCAAGGGGACAAAGAAUCUUAUCUAUUCCAAUUUGGCCAAAAAAAUUAGGUAUUUCACAAAACUGUGUAUAUGAAAUAAAACAGCAACUAAAGGAAGAAAAUGCAGGAGAAAAAUUGGAAGCAGCAAAAUCAGACGACACUCAGGAGAUUGUAAUUGCAUCUGAAAAGUUGUCUUCGAAAUUGCGGCACCAUUUUAAAUUGUCUUCAGUCUAUUCUCAUUACUUCCCUGAAACUGGGAUACCGGAAGUGACAACUUGUCAUUCCCGAAGUGCUGUCACCGUGGAUUAUAUUUUCUAUUCUGCAGCAAAUGAUGAUACUGCUGACCAGCCAGGAGCAGAGGAUUCUUUUUGUGGAGGUCUGAAACUUCUUGGGAGGCUGGCACUUCUAACAGAGAAAGAUCUUUGGACUGUUAAUGGUCUUCCCAAUGAAAUUAACUCUUCUGACCACCUGCCACUGCUGGCAGAGUUCAGGCUUGUUGAACGGUAAUAUCCAAAAGACUUAUGGUGUAGGUAAAGUUCCCUUUACCUUCUCUCUCAUGAGAUGAUGAUUAUUAUUUUUUUAAAAUUCAAGCACUGCUGGUCCGGUUUAAAUAAGUUUGCCUGCAUGCUGAUUUAUUAGUGUUGUGUAAAGUAGACUUUGUAAAGGGACUUCCUUUUUUUUAAAAAAAAAAAAGCUUAAUGUACUUUAUGAGAUCUUUUAGGGAGAAAAAGGAUUUUACAUUAGCUUCCUCUUUGAUAAAGGAAAACAUCUGUGCCAGACUCCAAAUGGCAUUAUUUUUCAUAAAUAUGUUGUAAUUAUUUUUAUUGUAAAUCACACUAAAAAGGACUAUUCUGAGAACUGUGUGUUUCUUCAAGCAAAGGGAACUGUGUUUGUGUGCCUGCAGCAUUUCAUAUUGAGUUCAAAAUAAUACUACAGUAUUUA